UUUAUAUAUAUAACUAUGAAAAGUAAAGAUAUGGAUGCUCCUCCACUUAGUGAGGAUGAAUUAAAUAAAAUUUAUAAUUGGGUUGAUACAGUCCCAUUCUCAAGACCUAAAAAACAUAUAGGUAGAGAUUUUGCUGAUGGAGUUUUAAUUGCUGAAAUUAUUUAACACUAUGUUCCUGCAAUAAUUGAUAUACAUAAUUAUAGUAUGGCUCAUUCUGUUUAAUAAAAAUAAUAUAAUUGGAAUACUUUAAAUACCAAAGUAAUAUUAAUCAUUAUUAAUAGGUUUUUAGAAAGAUGGGUUUCUAAAUCACUUAAAAAGAUAUUGAUGCUGUUAUAUAAGUAAUCCCUGAAGCUAUAGAAAGAAUCUUAAAGGUGAUACAAGUUAAAUUAGAUAGGUUUUUAGAUCAAUAAGAAUAAAAUUAAGUGUAAACAUAAGAAAAACCAAUUGAAAUUUAAAAAAAUUAAAAUUAAGUUAACAAUUAAAAGCCAGCAGUCAAUAAUAAAUAAAAUGAUAAAGACAUAGUUAUUUAGGACUAAAAAGAAACGAUAGAAAUACUUGAACUUAAAAUAUAAAAGCUAGAAUAAUUAGUGAAAUUAAAAGACAGUAAAAUUCAAUAGUUAACUUAAAAGCUUUAAUAAGCAGGGAUAAAAUGA